CUGCCGGAGGGAGGACAACAACACAACCUGUUGACGUGCAGCAAAGUGGAGGGAGCUUGAACUCAUGGCAGGACCCCAGCCCAUCUGCAUCAUCUCCACGCCAGAGGCUGCAACACAGUAGUGGCUCCGCAGGGGGACUCAACCUACCAUCUGCCCACCGGAGGCCUGACAGAUUCACAUCUCUGUCCCUCGAAAACAUUUUUUCUGCUGCAGAAAAAACCCAAAAGGAACUUUUUGUGCGUCGAUCGUGGACAUUGUAUCUUGACAAGAGGACUUCCAAUAAAGUUUGUCGUUCGUCAUAACUCUGAGAAACAUUUUUAAUAUAAGAAUGAUGGAGGAUCACCUGUCGAAGAUCCCCAUGAUGUCGUCCGCUUCUCCCACCGAGUCUUCUGGGAGCGUCGGGACUGACGACAGCAGAGGAGGAGCCAAGAGUCCAGCCCCGGGCAAAGCUCUGAGCCCGGCCCUGGUCUGCAAAGUGUGCGGAGACACCAGCAGCGGGAAACACUACGGCAUCUACGCCUGCAACGGCUGCAGCGGCUUCUUCAAACGCAGCGUGAGGAGGAGGCUCAUUUACAGGUGUCAGGCCGGUACAGGUAUGUGUCCAGUGGACAAAGCUCAUCGCAACCAGUGCCAGGCCUGUCGGCUGAAGAAGUGCCUGCAGGCGGGCAUGAAUAAGGACGCCGUGCAGAACGAGCGGCAGCCCCGCAGCACAGCUCAGGUCCGUCUGGACUCCAUCGACGUAGACCCUGAGAAGGAUCACCUGGCCACCACACGAGAGCCCACCUCCUCUUCCUCGUCGUCUUCUUCCUCCUCCUCUUCCUCCUCCUCCAGUGGCUCCGUCAUCACGUGGCCUCACAUCACCUCCUCCAUGUCCAUCACCUCCUCUAUCGCCCCUCAGCGGUGCAUCAGUCCCCCGAACAACCACCGCUUCAUGGCAAGCCUCAUGACGGCCGAGACCUGCGCUAAGCUGGAGCCCGAGGACGUUGACGAGAACAUCGACGUGACCAGUAACGAGCCGGAGCGAGCGUCCUCGGAGUACCACAUGGCUCUGUACCCGUCCAGCUCUGAAAAUGUCUACGAGACCUCGGCGAGGCUGCUCUUCAUGUCAGUGAAGUGGGCCAAGAACCUGCCGGUGUUUUCAAGCCUGCCCUUCAGAGACCAGGUGAUCCUGCUGGAGGAGGCGUGGAGCGAGCUCUUCCUGCUCUGCGCCAUCCAGUGGUCCCUGCCUCUGGACAGCUGCCCUCUUCUCUCCCUGCCCGACCUCUGCCCCGGCAUGCAGGGAAAAAACAGCUACACCGGCUUGGACCUGCGCCUCCUGCAGGAGGUCUUCAGCCGCUUCAAGGCCCUCGCUGUCGAUCCCACAGAGUUCGCCUGCCUCAAGGCCAUCGUGCUCUUCAAGCCAGAGACUCGUGGUUUGAAAGAUCCAGAACAAGUGGAGAACCUGCAGGAUCAGUCUCAGGUGAUGCUGGGACAACACAUCCGCUCACACUACCCCAGUCAACCAGCCAGGUAA